GAAUGGAGCUCAAUUAUUCCACCACUUUCUUCUGGAUUUCUUAAUACUAGUUGGUAGCACAUCAUCGAUUCGAAAUCGAACCAAAAAAAACAUCACGUUCUUGUAACAAGUCAAAGACACAACUCAACUUGAACCAAAAAAUAACAAAAUGCGUUCGAUCUAAAGUCUGAACUCAAAACAUCCCAUUUCCACUCCCAACUCUGUUUCACCAUUUCUUCAAUUGAAUACUUCUCUGAAUCACUAUGAUAUAUUCACUCUCUUUCUGCUGCAUCCCACUUUUAUUCUGAGGUCAACGGUCUUUGAAUUUUCCUAACUCAAUUGUGUGCACAACCUUAUCCAAUGGGUCGGAGGAACAAUGAACCAAACUCCAUUCUCUCACACCGUUUGAUCCUUCCCUUGGUGUGUUUCGCUUCGUGCGGUUUGGUCUACGCGUUCCUCUCUGCGGUGCUCACAAACAGCAGAAACAGAGUUUCAGAGUUUGGGAGGCUAGUUGAAGAUGGUGUGGCGGCGGAGAAUGAUAGAGGGUGCUGUAGGGGGAUUGAAAAUUUGGAGCUUUGGGGUGCAGCAGUGAAGUGGGGUUCUGAGUUUAAAUUCAACAGUUCUGAAGGGUGUUGCAACGCCUGCAAAUCCAUGUGUUCUGGGAAAGAUGGGCCUUGUCUUUGUGAUACUUGGGUCUUUUGUGGGGAUCGCAAGGCCUGUGGAUCCAAGUUUGGUGAGUGUUGGUUGAAGAAACAGAAGGACAGCUUAGCACCUGAACGGCAAGAAGGAACGCCUCCGGGGGAAGUGAUUGGUUGGACUUCUGGUCUUAUCUUUGGGAAAGGAGAGGGUAUUAUUGGACUGGAAACUGAAUAUGGAACUCUUCAUAUUAAACUUUUACCUGACUGUGCCCCACACUCUGUUGCCUACAUUCUAGAAUUGUUAGCUUUGCAUCAUUGUGCUGGCUGCCGAUUUUACCGUGCAGAGAGUCGAGGCCAAUCAUGGGAUUCAGAAGGAAACCAUAUAGAAAAUGCUGCUUUUGGUCCCCCUUAUGCAUUAAUUCAAGGGACACUGGAAGCACAAGGCACAGCAUUCAAUAAACUUCCGGUGGAAGAUUGUCCAACCCUUAAAAGGGGUUCAGUUGCUUGGAUUGGUUCUGGCCCUGAGUUCUUCAUUAGCCUAGCUGAUCAUUCUGAGUGGAAAAAUGAAUACACUGUCUUUGGUUCUGUUCUUCCAGAAGACAUGCAUUUUGCUGAGAAAAUUACUACACUCCCUACAAUACCUGAUGUGUGGAACAAUGUUAACGUGACUGUUUUGGAAAAACCUGUUCCCUUGUUGCUUCGAAGAAUCCAGAAAAGUCACCUAGAUGAAAUGUGAAACAAACUGGGCAUCCAUGUAGAUUGCAAUUCUUUUGGUUUCAAAUCUUUUAGUUAACGUUUGCUGUAACAUCUCUUUUUUCUUUUUGGGUAAACUUUUUCUUUACUUUAUCUUACACCCUUUUUUGGAUUAUUGUUUGUUGUAAUUUCAAGUAAUGAAUUUUAUUUUGAGAAGGGCUUAUAAGAGAGGGAAUACAAAGCUUUUAUCAUUUUA